CUUUUGCAUAUCUGUAACACUGAAAGUACUUUGUUUUCGUUUCCUACAUUCCAAAACAAUCGAAGCAUCAGAAAAAAAACCUAAUAAAACACACAAAAGAUGAGCGAGAAUCUUAAUUUACAAACCAUAAAACUGGAACCAGCUCCAUCAACUCCACCCGAAGAUAAGACACAACACGAUAUCAAGGCUAAACUUCAGUCGCAUGUGAAACGACGUUUGCAUGAAUAUGGACAGAAUGCAGCCGAAGAUGGCCACUCAAUGGAGACGCAUACGAAUGCAGGUGGUGCAUCUACCCUAAGUGAUCACAAAAAGGAUUCCCCCAAAGAAGUUCGCCAAAAGAGACCCUACCACAAGCGGACAGAUAAAGUAAAGGAUGCUACGUCCGCAGCCCCCCAGCAACAUAGAAAAUAUAAGCAAAAAAUGAAACAACAAGCUGUUGUCUCCGAUUCACAUGACGACAAUAGUAUGCCCGCAACAAGCAACACGAUUUCGGGAACGAUAAGUGCUGGCGAUGAAGAUGAGGCAGCCGGGCACGAUAAUGAUAUGCGAACAAAUCGUGAAAAGGAAAAAUGUCCCGAUGUCUUGGCUAUGGUAUUGAGCAUGAAAAAGCGCGCAUUGAUGCAAGAUCCAGAGGUUCAAAAAUUUCUUGCCGACAUAAUGAAUGUAAUAAAAAGUUGAAGGGAAAGAAAUGGAA